AUUAAGUCCUUAAAGGAUGAGGAUAAAUUAGAAUCUUUUGAUGUGAAAGAUGGAGGAAGAUUGUACUUAAACGACUUAGGUAGGGUUCUAUAUUGUUACAGGACAAUCAUACAUGUACAUGUGCUUCAGAACUGUAAUGCUUAAAAUCUAAUGAAACAUGUACAAAAAUUAUAUAGUAUUAUAGUACAUGUACAUCCUAAAAAUACAUAAAUUUAUUUAAAUUAGUAUUGUCUUUUGUUUAGUCCAUUUAAAUGAAACCUUCAGGUGUAGUAUGUAUUUUUAAAUGGUUCGUUUUUAAUAUUACAUGUAUGUUUUGAAAUCAUACAAUUAACGAAGUUUGGGAUUACAUAAAUUUAUGUAUUUCUUCUUCUUAAUUAAAGUAAAGUGGUUUUUGCACCACACAACAAAACACAUAAUUUGUUACUUUGAUUUAAUCCUCAGGUCCUCAGAUAAGCUGGAAAAUAUAUGGUAAGAACUUUUUGUUAGAAUUAUUUGUGUGGAAAUUAUGUUUAAAGGUUACAAGUAUGGUACAAUAAGGUUUCAUCUUUUUGGUGUAAAUCAAGGGUAAUUUUUUUUAUACAUGUAUGCCUGCAUAAAUGUUGAAUAAUUUGUACAAAGAAUGGUUGUUGUAGGUAAGAUCUUUUGUUAGUUUAACCAGUACUUGACCUAUUCCCCUGUCUGCUGUGGGUUCAGAAAACAGAUUUUACCAACAUUAUAAUUUUAUACCUGCCUUACUGGUGCCACAUAACCAGAGACAGGGGCGGAUCUAGGGGGAGGGUGCAGGGGGUGCGCACCCCUCCCCCUCCCCCUGAGAUGACCUGCGGUUUUCUAAUACAACUGGUAUUCUGUUUAUUGGUGUUGAAGUAGAGCAAGAGACGAGUGCACCCCCUCCUAAAAAAAAUCCUGGAUCCACCCCUGAGAGAUGAGGCUAUGCAAUUUUACACUAUAAUAGUGAAACCUUUAAAGUGGACCCAAUAAUUUGAUUGACCAGGCCCCAGUUGUUUAAAUGCUAUGGAGUGCUAUCCAGUGGAUAAAUCACUAUUCAGUGGAUAAGUAUUAGGGGAAACCAAUGGAAAGAGAUUAUUAUUUUUACAUGUACCCACCGGAUAGUGUUGUCCACCUUUUAAAACCAGGGCCAGGUGUUGACCAACUACCAAGUGUCAGUACAGUGAUUAGUCCUAAACUUAUUUCUGCAAAAAAAACCUGCCUUCAGUGGACAUGUACCUCUUUCUCACCACCAAAGCCCCUCCCGCUCCUCCCCGCUCCUCCCCUCCCCUCCCCUCCCCUCCCCUGAGUAUUUGCCUGCACAUUAAUUAUUGUGAUAUGCAAGUGGCAAAGUGUCAUACAUGAGCCAGAAACAUGCAUGACCUUGGACUCUCAGAGUUUCUUUACUUGUGGGCUAAAUAUUGAAGAGCAAAAGGUGCAGUACUCAUCAUUACCUUCUUUUGUAUAAUUUAUAGGUAUUUUUGGCUGAGUAUGCUAGUCUCCUCAUUUUUUAUGUGCUCCUGUACCCUUGUCCUUCUAUUGUCUACAGUGCAGCAGCAGCAAGCAAACCUUAUGCUCCUGUUGCAGCGUGCAAAGAAAGUAGUGUCCGAUAGCAUUGGGCUAGUGAAUUUUGCUAUCAGGCUAGUGAAUUCUGUUUUUAACUUGCCCAACAGGCAAGUGAUGUGUUAUAAGGAAUUUGAAUAACAGAAGUACUGUGAAAUCAAUUCUGCUGGUCAAAAAGUUUUUGGGGCUAGUUGAAAUGACGUCCAGGCUAGUAAAUGCUGGCUUCAGCUUGCCCGAAUGACAAGCUGUAAAAAAGAUUCUCUUUGCACCCUGUGUUGUGCAGUAAAUUUACAUGUUUUAAACUCGUUUUGUAGAUUUAUGGCUGGUUUUAUAAACUCCAUUGGGUAUUGUGGGAUGUUACACUGCUGCCUGGUUGGCUCAGUUGAAUGCACGAGUACCGGUCCGCCAAGUGGGAAAUGGCAGGUUAAACCCCCGACCAGACCACCAAUCAGGAUAUUAAAAAAAAAACUGGCAAGAUUAUGAUGACUGUGAUCUAUAAAAUUUCUUAUUAUUGUACAUGUAAGAUCUUGCCUUAGUUCAGAUGAUUGGGCCAUUAUGUAGCUUGAUGUUUAAAGCCAUUGGCCAUGUCUCCUUCAUGCUUCCUUAGUUAUAAGAAUGCAAAAAAAAGUCCCACAGUGCUUUUUGGAAAGAGAAGGGGACAUAGACCCCAUUGGUGUGGUCUAUCUUUCAUUUGAGGGAGGAGAACUGUGACAGGACCGCAGUACCUGCUUUUCGCUGUUAGAGCUGCCCUGUCAAGUACUGGAGUUAAUAAUCUAUUAAAUUCUUAAAAUUACUUGAUACAUACUGCCCUAUGCAUUCGUUAUGCAGUCUUUCAUGCUGUAGAUGUACAAACGUCAUCAUUUCCAGUAUAUUGUGUAUGUUACAGGUUAAAAUUAAAUUCAGGUUAAAAUUUUUUCACCAAGGUUGAUUCUCAAUUUCGUUUGUCUCCUAACCAUAAUUUAUUCAAUCAUGAGUUAGAGCUAGAAAACAAAGGAAAGUGCGAAUCAACCUAGGUUAAAAAAUUUAAACCUGAAUUUAAUUUUAACCUGUAACAUGUUUGCAUGUCCUAAACCUUGUUUCAGUAUUGCGGCAGCUUGUUGGGCAGGACAUUUUGCAAAACGACUGUUGGAGACUUUAUUUGUUCAUCGAUUCUCCCAUGCGACCAUGCCUUUGUUCAACAUUUUCAAGGUACAUUGUAUCGUGCAUGCUCCGUUUUGAAGGAACUGGUUAGCUUGAAUGCAUGUAUGCGCGAUGGUGUUCUAUGAACGUUUAUGUUCUGGAGUGUUAUACAUUGUACUGUCUUGUACUGGUGUUUUAGCUUUAGCAAUAGUCACAGUUUUUAAUAAUAGUUUUUUUUAUCACUGCUGGAAGUGAAAAAAAAACAAAACCGAAAAAGCGUGAGAAAUGUAUGUAGCAAAUGACUCUAAUAUACGUAACCUGGUCAAAUCUUUGUUCAACUUAGUGUAUCUACAUCUAUUCCAUUCAUGAGCUUGUUCUGUACAGUGUGUAUUUGAUGCAAUUUUCUCUUUUCUUUUCAUUCUCUGCUUGGAUUCUAAAGAACUGUGCUUAUUACGGGUAAGAUAAUUAUUUUAUAAUUAUUAUUUGCCUAUACUUGCUAAAAACCUUUAAAAGUCAAAACUGUUGUCCCAUUAAAUCAAGAGGGAAAACAAUUCACGUUGAUGGUGCUGAUAGUUUCUUGCUGUCAGUGUAUUUAAUGUAAUAGUUUGAGCUGUACAUGUUUUUUCCUUCCUUUUUGAUUUUCAAUUUUAUUAUUGGUUAAAACAUCCAAGACUAUUAGAACUCCCUGAAAGUGGUGAUCAAGAUUUCAUGUUUGUCCCAUAAAAGCAAACUCCAAUAAGUAACAACUACCCGGUAAAAUUAAAGGCGGCCCAAAUGUCAACCCAUAAAGACAUGCAAAUACAAUGUCUGUUGCACCUAACAGGCUUUUAUCUUUGUCAAUUGGUCUUUUUUUACAGAGGUUAUGGUGUCCUUGUCAGUUAUUUUGUCAAUCAUCGAUUUUAUACACCACCAAGUAUGUAGGUUGACAUUUAAAUUAAGCAAUUUGGGCACGGUUGAAAUUUCGCAUUUCAUUUGAAGCCAAUUCUAUGCUUGUGAGAAAAAACCUAAUUUUCUCACUCAUUUUUGUGCAAACUGAUAACAAAGGAAAGAUGACCACAUACUUGUUACUUGAAUGCAUGUCAAAACUGUCUUUUUUGUAUAAUUAUGCCCUAUUUUUUUGUCAUGUUCUGCUUGUACAUAAACAUUUAGGCAAAAAGAAGAAUGAAAAACUGGAUUUACAUUUAUGUGACUAAGUCAUUACAUUGAACGUUGUUGGAAUAAUAUUAUUGUGUUGACUUUUUUCAAAGCUACAAACCAUUGAUUUUGAUUAUUAAUAAGUCUUUUUGUGACUGAGGCAUUGUCAAACUCUGCAUUUGCAAUUAUUUGAACAUUUUUUUUUUACUUUUAACUCAAACAUUUUUCUUGUAAUUUAUUUAGUGUUUGGUGAUGCCCAGGUGUAUACAGGCCUAGCUCUGUUCUUGGUAAGUUAAAAUAAUAUUUUGAAUGCAUUUUCAAAAAUUAUGUGGAUAGUAACUCCUUUAAAACCAUUAGAAAUUAACCUGUGUCUGAAAAUAAUCUGAAUUGGAUAUUACUGGAUAAGAUUAUCAUGGUAAAUGGUUUAUAAUCCCUUUGUUUGACUGUUUUUUUUUUAAGUUUAACAAGUAUGGCAACUUUGUCAUCCAUUGUGCUUUGCGGGAUUUGAGGCCUCCAGGUAAGCCACACUUGCUCUGUUGUUAUGGUAACCAGUUUUUGACAUAG